GGAGGGGGAGGGGAGCGGCAUGACGUCGGGGGCGGGGGCGGCGGCGGCCGCUGCUGCGGCCGGGGCGGGGCGGACACCGACGUGGAAAGAGCGGGAGAACAACAAGCGGCGGGAGCGGCGGCGCCGGGCCAUCGCCGCCAAGAUCUUCACCGGCCUCCGCGCGCUCGGCAACUACAAGCUCCCCAAGCACUGCGACAACAACGAGGUGCUCAAGGCGCUCUGCCGCGAGGCCGGCUGGGUCGUCGAGGACGACGGCACCACCUACCGAAAGGGAUGCAAGCCGCCGCCGGGCGCGGGGAUUGCGUCGGCGGGGACGAGCCCCUGCUCGUCCUCGCAGCUCCUGAGCGCGCCGUCGUCGAGCUUCCCGAGCCCCGUGCCGUCCUACCACGCCAGCCCAGCGUCGUCGAGCUUCCCGAGCCCCACGCGCCUCGACACCUACAGUAACGGCACCAACAACGCGAGCCCCUCCUACCUGCUCCCGUUCCUCCGGGGCCUCCCCAACCUCCCGCCGCUCCGCGUCUCCAGCAGCGCGCCCGUUACGCCGCCGCUCUCGUCGCCGACGGCGUCGCGGCCGCCCAAGGUCCGGAAGCCCGACUGGGACGCCGUGGUCGACCCGUUCCGGCACCCGUUCUUCGCGGUCUCCGCACCGGCCAGCCCCACCCGCGCGCGCCGGCGCGAGCACCCGGACACGAUCCCCGAGUGCGACGAGUCCGACGUCUCCACGGUGGACUCCGGCCGGUGGAUCAGCUUCCAGAUGGUGGCCACGACGGCGCCGGCGUCGCCCACGUACAACCUCGUCAACCCGGGCGGCGCCUCCGCCUCCAACUCCAUGGAGCUUGACGGAACGGCGCCGGCGGAGAAGGGAAGAGGCGGCCCGGAGUUCGAGUUCGACAAGGGCAGCAGGGUGACGCCGUGGGAAGGCGAGAGGAUCCACGAGGUCGCCGCCGAGGAGCUUGAGCUCACCCUCGGCGUCGGUGCCAAGUGAUGACGGCCAUCGCUCGCUGAGCCAUCGCACAAGCUCGGAUCUUUGCCGUCCUGUAACGCCAUGAGCAAAAAGACGGUUCCUUUCAUGGACCUCGCGUACCAGCUGAUCGCGGUUGUUGUGAGAUCAGCGGCAAAUGUGUAGCGUGCGAUGCAUUCGUGCUGCGAUUCGAUCGGGCAUUUCGCUGUAGGUUUAGGUGAUGUUGUUUCAUCAUUCAUGGACUUGAGAAAUUGAGGAAGCGUAACAAUCGUUCAUCUA